AUGAUAAAAAAGAUCAUUCACAGACCAAAGAAGCCGCUUUUUGUGUUUAGAAGAGAGGAGUCUUUGCCCUAUGGGCCUAGGGUAAAGAGCGCUCCGCCAAUUGAAAUAAACUUUGAGUCGCCCUCAAAAGUCGAGUCCAAGUCUGUGGUAAGGUUUACAAGACCCGAUGGAACACCUAUAAGAGAAGAGGAUUUAAUAGAUUCUACAGAUAGCGAGGUACUAACCGAAAGCUCAAUAGAUACAGAAGAGGGGGAUAAAAACAUCUCUUUGAAAGAAGAUACAGUUGAUGUUCAUAAGGAGACUAAGGCAGAAUAUAAGGAUGAAAGACCUAUCCAAAAGCAAGCAGUUCCUAGUCUUGAGAGCAGAGCAUUGAUGUUGGACAACCUUUUGAAGAAAUUUUCCCCGGAAAAGGUUGCUGAGAAUAGAGGUCCGUGCUAUAAAGUUAGUGAAAUUUUUAGUAUAAAGGAACGGCAGCCUAUUCCUCUCGAACUAAAGCUUAAAAUUAAGAAGGAAGUCAAGGGAGUGUACAGGCCGGAUAGCAGCAGAAAGGACACAUGCAUUGAGCAGGCAAGGCUGGAAUUCAACAGGCUCACAGCUAAAAAUGUAGGUUUUGUCAUAAAGAAUCUUAAGGGCAUUCGGGUUGGAACCAUUGAGGAGAUGAAGGAGAUAGCAAAUAUCCUGUUUGAUAAGGCAAUUUCCGAACCUACAUUUGUAAAGUAUUAUGCAUUGGUUGUUCUUGACCUAAAGAAGGUGUGGCAGUCUGAAGAAGAAAAGACUAGAGAUAUAAACCAGACUGUAUUCUUUGGGACACUUCUUACCUUAACACUAAAGACAUUCGAGAACAAGGAGAAAUGGGGAGAUGAGUAUGAAAGGAAAAAGGAGAUGACGUUUAAAGAAAGAAUGGCUUAUGAAGAAAAACUUGAAGAAGCAGAGACAGAAAGAUACAUAAAGAAAAGAAGAACACUUGGGACAGUUGAUUUUCUAUCGUCACUAUAUUCUUUAAAUGUAAUAAGUUAUGUGCAUAUGAAUGCUUGUAUAAACACAUUAAUGAGGUCCUCUGAUUCAGAGAGCAUCGAGGUGUUAUGCUAUCUAAUUGAAAACAUAGGUGAAAAGUUAGUUGUCAGUGGAAAAGAACACAUCAUAUCGAUGAUAUGCUCUAGACUUGUGCAAAAGAAAGACAACUAUGCGAACAGAAUCAGAUACAUGAUAGAAAAUCUUCUUGAAAAGAAAAACUCUUGGAAGCCAAAAGAAAUGAAGGCUCGAAACGUUUUUUCUUGCUUGGAAGUUGAAGACGACUAUGGAAAUCCACAGAAUCCUGAAGAAUCACACAAGGAAAAUGUGCUUACAUUUUUGUCAUCGUUGUCAGAAGAAUUAUCUAUAGCAUAUGAAGAUGAUGACAAGAAGGUUCUUUCGGACAAUUUGCGGGUUGGAGAAACGAAAUUUGGUGCUGUCCCAUUCUAUUUAUCAUAUUUCCAAGAAGCGAUAUCAAACCACAAGAUCUCAGAUCUGUUUUUUGAUUUUUUCAUUUCGUUUAGGAGUGCAGCAAAUGUCACCGAAGAUCAGUUGAAAGAAACACUUAUAAGCCUUAAAAACGAAUUAGAGAUAUUGAAAAUUGACUUCCCUAUAUCUCCUAAGAAGUAUGCAGAGCUUAUAACAAAGCUGAGAGUAUCCAAGAUAAUAUCCCAAGAGUUGUUUGAAGAGCUCAAAAAUGAGGACUAUGAUACAAGAAUUGGGGAUCUAAUCCUUAAGUGGUACAAAUCAGACAGGGAUCGAGAAAAGGCACUUACUAUCUUCCCAAGUGAAACGAUAGAGAAUCUUAUUAUGAAAUAA